GUAACUUCCUGGUCACACACAGCAGGGACAGCUGUAGACAGCACCGAGCCCGAGGUGAGGGACAGGCCCCCAGAAUGAGAGACAGGGGCCACCUGGGGCAGUGACAGAGCCAUGCCGCACACGAGGGGCACUCUCAUGUGAGGUGGGCGCAGGUAAGCCGGCAGGACGUGGCACACACUGAGCCGAGGGACAGACAUGUCACACACCCGCCCGCCUCUGAGCUGAGGAUGGACUCCAGAACCAGGGAGAAGCCUGAGAGAACAUUUGAUUUGGUGCUACGGGUGGAGUGUUCUGCUUCUGAAAAUGAAGAUCCAGCCUUGCUGUGGAAGUUCCCGGAGGACUUCUCGGACCAGGUUGGUAACAUCACAAGACUUGCUAUGCAUGGUGCCAAAGUUCUGCUUUCCCUUUGCCAUUGAAAGGGGGACACAGGCUCAGAUGGGACAGCACUUUACCUUUGUGUUAACUGAUAUAGAGAGUAAGCAGAGGUUUGGAUUCUGCCGCUUGACUUCAGGGGGUAAAAUUUGCCUAUGUAUUCUAAGUUAUCUGCCCUGGUUUGAGGUCUACUACAAGCUGUUAAAUACUUUGGCUGACUAUUUGGUUAAGGAGCAGGAAAAUGAUUUGAAUGACAUCUUAAAGACUCUGUACAAUCAUCCUGUUCCUGAAGCGCACACUCCUGUUAGUCUGAACUUGAACCCACUACAGUUUAUAUCACAUGAACCUCUUUUAAAAAGCCCUCUUACUCCUGAGCUGCACUCGUUCUUCAUUACUCCUGACGUAACCGGACUGCCGACAAUCCCCGAAAGUAGGAAUCUGACUGAAUAUUUUGUUGCCGUGGAUGUAAAUAAUAUGCUCCAGAUAUAUGCAAGCAUGUUGCACGAACGCAGGAUUAUCUUCACCUCAAGAAAACUAAGCACGUUAACAGCCUGUGUUCAUGCCUCUGCCUCUCUUCUGUACCCCAUGUAUUGGCAGCACAUUUACAUCCCUGUUCUUCCUCCACAUUUGCUAGACUACUGUUGCGCCCCGAUGCCUUAUCUAAUUGGAGUUCACUUUAGCCUCCUAGAGAGGGUGAGAAGUAGAUCCUUGGAUGAUGUGGUAUUACUGAAUGUGGACACCAACUCAUUGGAAACUCCUUUCAAUGACCUUUCGGCUCUACCUAGUGAUGUGGUAUCAACCCUGAAAAGCAGGCUGAAGAAGCAGUCGACAUCUACUGGAGAUGGAGUGUCCCGUACUUUCCUCAGAGCACAGGCUGCACUGUUCGGUUCAUACAGGGAUGCUCUCCGAUACAAACCUGGAGAACCAGUCACAUUUUCGGAAGAGAGCUUUGUAGCCCAUCGUUCCAGCACCAUGAAGCAGUUUUUAGAGAAAGCCAUUAACCUGCAGCUCUUUAAGCAGUUUAUAGACGGUCGACUAGAGAAACUGAACUCAGGACGCGGAUUCUCCGACAUGUUUGAAGAGGAGAUAACUGCAGGGAACGUGCGGUCAAAUCAACCUUGGGUGCACACAGUGAAGAAAGGUGGUGCACUAAUUAAUACAGCAGUGAUUAAAGCUAGCCCAGCUAUGAAGAAUGCGUAUAUGUAUGCCAAACAAGGCAUCAAGGAAGUGAAGAGCAAGCUAAAAUAUAAGGAAAUUGAGGAGGAGAAUUCUGUGGAUGGUUUGGAGUCCAUGAACUCCAAUACUUUUCCUUUAAACAACACAAAACGACCAAACUCCGAGAAGCGGAAACUGUCACAGUCAAGAAAAAACCGACAACUUCUGAGCACAGCGAACCAUAACUCUGGGCUGGAGGAUUCUGACACUGGUGACAGUGCCAGCAAGUUGUCUUCAGAGGACAGUGAAGAGGCAUCUGCAUAUCUGUAUGACAGUGACGCUUCCAACGAUGACGUGAGUCUGUCCUCCCGCCCAGGAGGAGAGAUGGAUCUUCUUGGAGAGAUCUUAGACUCACUGAGCACCCACAGUUCUGAUCCUGGUGGAGGCCGCCUCACAGCUGCUAAGAGUCUGGACUUCUUUCGUUCUGUAGAAGAUCUGGACUAUAAGGUUACGAAUAAAGCAAAUACUCCCAGUGAGAACAACCUGACGUCACUAUGCUUGGAUCCCGGACAGAACUGGAAAGUCGGCCAUGAAGACAGUGUCCUCUACAGAACUCAUAUCUCUACUACAGCCCACCAGCAAAGCAGAGGGGAGUCAUCUUCCAAAGACUUUGACAGACGCAGGUCCGAAUUUCCCACAGUUGUUCUCAGUGAGGCCGCAGCACCUGGAACAGCUGGACGACCCACCUCUCUUUUCUGCAGACCAGAGGAGGGAGCAGUAUACGGUAUCGGGAUAUCCUCUACUGAGCUUCUACAGAAGAGAUGCAGUACCCAGGUGCCAUGGGAAAAAGAGGAGAUUGAGUCAAACGGUGAUCAAAGUCCAAAUAGUCCUCUUGAACAUAUAUCCCGUUUGUGAGUUUGCUUGCUUCCAGCUCCAGCCAUAGACAUUCCAAAAGCUGGGGAGAAUUGGAAGUGUCCCUAAAGGUGCCAUGGAAGUGUAGAAUUGGAAGUGUCCCUUUUAUAGCUACUGUGUCACAAAGUGUCCUAGAUGCAUCAUUUCAAUCCAUCAGGAUGAAUCUAUUGUAAUUUCUGUCACAAAGCAGAAACUCACAAACUUGUUAGUGUUUUUUUUUGUUUUGUUUUUUACUAUUUUCAUCUCGGUUUUAGGUACAUUAUCUUUCAGAGGCUAUGCGCUUUGGUAUGGAUGCUCCUGGUACAUAGAAUUAUUACAGACGAUAUCAUGCCUGCAGAGCAUUGGCGUGCACUGUUACAAAAUACGUCCCACCUACUGUUAAAGGGGGUUGUUUUAACACUGUAAAGAGGCUUCCCUUCAGUCAUGUUGUAAGAGUAAUAUCUGUGGGAGGUUGAUAAACCUAUAAGAUCUCUUGCACACUAAAGCCACCUCUAUAAUUACUGUGGAGACACAGAGCGGUACAUUCACAAUGAAUUCCUGGCUCCCCACAAAUGGGACUCUUAUGAUUGAAUAUUGUGCCAUAAAGAUUGAUUGUGAAAAAACACCUCUACAAGGCCAAGAAUAUUUGCAGAUAAUAAUAAUAUAUUGUGGUAAGGCAAUUUAAAGGUACUUUCAGUUUUUUAUUUGCUGUUAUUUUAUUUUGCAGUGCAGAAGAAAAUGUCAUGUUUAAAGCAAACCUGUCCCGAUGAAAUGCAGUGCAAUCUGCAGCCAGCAUGUUAGAGCAGGAGGAGCUGAGCACAGUGAUAUAUGGUUCAUGGGGAAAAGAUUCUGCAAAACGUGUGAUUUACACAUUUAAACUUCUGCUGUUUCUGAACUUAAAGGUGUUGACCAAUCUGGGACAUUGAUAGUACAUCACUAGGAUAUGCCAUUAAUGUCAGAUAAGUGUGAGUCCCACCUCUAGGAUCUGCUCCUGUCUCCAGAAUGGAGCCCCCGAAAUAAAGCAGAGCACACCACACUUAUGCGACAGGCUCUCCAUUCAUCACUCUUUUUAGAAGUCCUAUAGUGGUGAAUGGAGAGAGCAUCUCCAUUUACUGCUUUGGGGCCGCCAGAAAUAGCCAGGCGGCACUAUGAUAUUUUUGGAAUUCCCGUAGCUGUGAAUGGAUGGUGUCUAUGCAUUUUGACUUUGGGGGCCCCGUUCUGGAGAUAGGAGCAGGUCCCAGAGGUGGGACCCGCACCAAUCUGACAUUAAUGGCAUUUCCUAGUGAUGAGCCAUCAAUGUCCCAGAUAGACCAACCCCCAUGCACAACAAUGAGCGACUAACCACCAACCGCUAUCUCUGCAUACACAGCAGGGAAUGCCAUCAGUUACUGAUAAGAUGACCCCGGUGUACAACUGAGCUCAGAAAGAGAGAGAUGUAAAUGUAUGAAACACAAGUUUUACUAUUAUUUUCUGCUCUAUAGCAUACUGCUCUGCAUUUCGUGGUGACGACUUCCCUUUUAAAUUCCAGAUUCACAUGGGGCACCCCGCAUUUCCUGAGUCCUCUGGCGUGGAAUAAGUUUUACUCCAGCUAUUUCAAUAGUGCAUUAAGUAAUCUGGUGAUGAGGCUGCUCCAUACUGUAGAUGUGUUAGAGCAGCUUUUAUGUCUUUUUUACUCAUUUUUCUUCUUGUAGUUCUCUUCUUUGCUACAUGGCCUUAUUAAUCAUCCUGCUCUCCCCAGUGCAGGAGGAGGGGGUGAUGGGUAAUGAUACAUGGUGCCUAGAGUCGGAUCAUCUGAAGCAUAUCAUUUUACCCAACCUUUAUGGUGCCUGUAUGCAUGACUGGAUGUUGCCAGCAGUGCCGAUGCUAGGCUGUUGGAAGCAGACCGCAUUGACGGCGGGUAUCUGAUGUGCUGCCAAUAUGCAAUAGUUCAUUGUCUGGCAGUCUGGUACCACGCAUAGCUGACCACUUUUACACUGUGGAUUUUGUCCACAGAACUGUGCCCUGAGAUCCACUGACACCACAGGAAUCUGCGACCGUUGUCCGUUUGCAGAUUAGUCCCAUUAAACCCGGCUAAAGCAGUAAGUCGUGUUGCAGCACUUAACAUGCAAAACCGCAGCAGAAGCUCUCGUCGUUAAAGUCUUUAAUAUGAACGUACCCUUAUCACAUCACUGAACGGGGUUGUAUCAAAUAUUGCAAAAAAAAAUCCCUACUUUAUACACUAUGUUUUGCCAAUUAUAAAUUCCUUCCUGUGAAAUUCCUUUAGUCUGCCAUCUAAUAAACUAGAAGGUCUGAUAAUCUGACAGUGGUUUUUCAGCACAUAGGGGGAGAUUUAUAGACUCCUGUCUUGAUACAGCAUUGCCUGCACCGCCAGAGGAUGCGCCUAGUUUAUGACAAGGCACGCGUCUCGUCAUAAAUCAGACAUUUGCUCCUAAACGGAAAUCUACGACAGCUGACGGUUGCCACAGAUUUCUGGCCUCAUUUGCGACAGAAAACUGUUGUAAAUUAAUAGAAAUUUGCUGGAGCUGCUUGACACGCCCUCAUCCCGUCCUUGUCACAUCCCCUUUAUGGAGAGUGUCGAGAGUGGUGUAAAAAGGAUAGAUGCGACCAUUCAAGGUGCAAGAGAAAUUAUAAAUCUCCCCCAUAGAUUUAAUCUAAUAUGGAUUAAUACACGGACUCAGCAGUUAUCGCCAGUUCAAGACUCUCUAAUUAAAAGCAGUAGCAGAGUUUCAUUAUCCUAUAAUAUCUGAUAAUCCAGCAGCUUUCAAGUUCCAUGAUGAAUUUGCUUUGUGUUUACAGUGCCUUUGUACUGUAUGUAUUGCUUCAUUUCAUAAUGAUGAGGACCUCUACAAAUGUCCCCCACGACUUCAGCAUUUUAGUAUUUUACAUACAUCUGGCCAUAAUUCUUUCCCCAGGUCAAAAUUGCUUAUGUCAGGAACGGAGACAGAAAAUGAUAGCUUUUCGAUUACCUCCCUCUUCAUACCCACUGUGUGACUGCUCAGGAGCCCUGGGCACCAUAUCACUGUUGUAGAGCAUUACCUCAUUAAAGGGUUUGCUCUGCAGGUAAAAUAAAAGGUUGUUAGAAUGGCAUAAUAAAAGUAAUACUCACAGAUUCACUGCCCAGUGGCGUAAAUAGAUUCCUAUUGACCCCAGUGCGCACUCUGGACUGGGGCCCCCCAACAUGAUAGCUAAAAUAUUCGCUGUCCACUCUCCACGGGCCCUCUAGACAUCACUUGAGAAGAGGACUAAUGGAGAAUGAAGACAGCAUGCAGCUUUGAUGUGCCUCUGGCUCCCCACCCCUGCAACUGCACCAAGAGGCAUCAAAACGGUGAGGGGAGUAUCACUUCUUUUGUUUUGUUAUAUAUAUAUAUAUAUAUAUAUAUAUAUAUAUAUAAUACAAAUAUUUUGACAAAAAAAAGUAAAAAAAUAAUAAUAUCUGGCCAGUUAACUCGUUUAAGUUUCUGAAAAGUGGAAAUUCACUUUAAAACAGAAAAUGUAAUUUAAAUUUUUUUUAUUUUUCUUAUAACUAAUGAAGUAUUGGUUUCAUAUAUCAACAUAAGAUGUGAAGUAACUAAGCAUUACUUAUUUUGUACUGAUAUUCCUCGAGUUGUAGUGUCUAUCAUAGUCCAUUCUCAUCCAGAGCUGCACUCAGACUUCUGGAAUCCCUCACCUCUGAAGGACUGAGGGUUGUGCAGCCUGUAUAGUGAUCAAGUGCGAGAACUUCCACUUAUAUAUUGCUAAUGCAGCAUAAAAUCUCUCCGAUACAGUGAAAAUAUUUUCUUCUGACCUCCUAUAAUCUAGAACAGUUGCUUGUCAUACUAAAGUGCAGUAUAAUGAAGAUCAUGGAAGGACAGCAUAAGAAUUAAUAGCUAUAACUGAUUAGGAAAAGUAUAUAGUAUCAUAUUUUGUGAUAUUUUUUCAAUUCGAUUGAUUUGAUUACAUUGGAUUAUAUUAGACAAUGGACCACCAGUAUUUCCUGAGAACUCCACUGAAUUAGCAGUGCUGGACUGAAAAUUGGACUAUAAGGCUGCUCUCACACAAACAAGUUUAAUGCGUUGAACUUGCAGCGUGUCUGCAAGAGCUCCCGUCCUGAGCUAUGUAGCACUGAUAGGAUCACAUAGCAUUAUAUUGAUUUAUGAUGCCAGGUAACACUUGUUACAAUGUAUUGACCACCACUAUGUCAGUGUUAUACAAUACAUUCCAGAACUGUAAGGGUUACAUAGCAUCAUAAAUCAAUGUAAUGCUAUCUGACCCUGUCAGUGUUGGGAGGACAGGACGGGAGCUUUCGCAGACACACGCUGCAAGUUCAACGCAUUGAACUCGCUCGUGUGAAACCAGCCUAAGAGGGCUUUCAGAAGCAGCAGAUUUUGUUGCACAAAUUUUCUGCAAUUUUAAAUCAGUUCUAUUUGCCUGAAUGGGGUUUGCAGAUAUCCCUGUGCUUUCCUCCAAAACAUGCCCAUUCAAAUGAAUGGAGACGAUUUCCAGUUGCAGAAAUUGCUGCAACAAAAUCUGCUGCAUGUGAAAGCAUCCUAAUACUAGAUUGUUUGCUAGAUUGGGGAUGGAUUACUGUUUUACCUUGUAGCUGAUAUGUUCAGACCCCUUAACUGGUAUAAUAAAAAUGAGGGGAUCCAUGACAAAGGGAUCCUAAACCCCACAUGUACCAGUUCAAACAUCAUGUUAUUACAGUGCUAGGCUCCGCGUAACCUCCUCUGGGCAAUAACUGAUAUGGAAUCUCCUCAUUUUUAGUGUUAUCUUGAAUAUAUUUUAUUAGGAAGAUGUAAAUUGUUUUAAAGAACAACUUAUAUAUAUAGUUAUUUGUAGCCUGUAUUUUGUUACCCUUGCAAUGCCAUUGCACUGUGAAAUAUGUCAUGAUAUCUGAGAGCUGGCCGGAAAAUCCUACUGGAAAUAAUACAGACUAGGCAGACAAUGUAUUUGACAUUUUAAUAUAGGCUUUUUGUGUUUUUUUUUUUAUUUAACUUGAAUUCAUGACAUUUGACUUUUUUUUUUUAUAGAAAAGGAGCAUAGUAAAUGACAUUUCUUUUUUUUAAACAGAGAAUAACAUUUAUAUUCACAGCGAGCGUUUUAUAGUAUGGAUAAAAACUACUAGCAAGGACUCCUGCAAAUCCAUGUUUCUGUGAGACCGGGCCACCUUUGAGAACACCAUUGGGUUCUGCAAAAAAGGUACCACAGGAAGAGCUGGCAGAGUUUUCUGCCACUCAACAAUCAAAUUGCCGCAAGCUGCCGCAACUACUAUAUGGUUUUCACCCCCAUCAUAGAUGCAUCAAUGUCAUCCCAUGUGGCCCUACCCUUAGGAGAACAAUAUGUCAGACAUUAUCUAAAAGAAAAAAUUAAGGUAUGACUCUCAAGGCUCAAUAAACUGGUAAACAAUAUAUAUAUAUUAUAAAAUAUAGAUUUUUAAUAAUGGUGGUAUUUAUUCCAAAGGAAUUGGGUAAACUAGUAUAAAUGAAAGAAUAUUAAAUAAAACAAUGGAGGUCUAGUCCACAUAAAUAGUGCUGCGGGCCCCACAGCUAUUUGUCACUAAAUAAAAUGCUAAAUAAAAAAAAAAAAUUCCUGCAGCACUAUUUAUGUGAACUGGACCGCCAUUGUUUUAAAUAUAUAUAUUGUUGGUUCAUUGAACCUUAAGAGUUAUACCGUGAUUUAUUAUUUUUGCGGGCACCAGACUGGUAUAGACACUUGGUGUAAUUGUAACAGAUUACUUCUUAUAAUCUGUGGGGUGGGCCAUCUGUUUUAUAGUGUAUGUCAUGUAUGGGAGGUAGACGGUACACACUGUUAUUGAUGUUCCUGCACACAAAUGUAGCACUGUAAUGACCUAUAGGAACAGUCUCUUCCUCUGCGUUCCACCGCCUUUCUUAUUCACUGUGUUCACAACCUACAAAGUAAUUUUUAUAUACAUAAGUCAUCUUUGAAAGCCAAUAAAUGACAAAAGUAGAAGUCUUCAUUUCUUUAUACACGUCAAAAGGAUAGUAAGCCCCAUAUACAAUUGCUUAAAUUGAAAUGUAAAAUACUAGAAUUCAUGAAACGAUGUGCAAGAAGUUAUCAGUAUAAAAAUUACAGGACUGUAGGUUUAAAUUCACGCCUUCAAGUUAUGGUUAGUGGGGCAAUAUGAAAAAUUGCGUCAAAUGUAUGCCCCAAAGUGCCUAUGAAAAUACAUGCAUCUGCCAUUAACUCUAUUUGUUGCAUACAGAUGUAUUGAAAAGAGCAAUAUACAGUAUUUGAGGAAAAGGUAUUGAGAAAGGAUCUAGUCCAGAAUAACUACAAGCAAUAAUGCAUUAAAAUGGGGGUAGUAGUAGCUUAAAACCAAGUGAGAAGUAUUACUUAUUCUAGUAAAAUAAUAACAUAUGUAAAGGGGGCAGUAAUAUAAGGUAUAUAUACUGUCACCCAACGCACGUCUUGUGAUUUUUUUGCAAAUAAUGAUGACAUAAGUAGCAUUUCCACAGUUAUAAGUGAUAAUAUCUGCUCUGUCGUACACACUGAAGGCAGCCAUUUUGCUUGGUAAUGGACAGUCAUUGAGGAUGCAUCCUGCAACCCACUAGAGACUGAUUUUGUAACCAAACUACUUAAUAACAUAUUUCAAAGGAUUUAGAUUUUCUUUUUUUUAGAAUGAAGGCUUCUCUUUAAACAGUGGCACCUUAUACCAUCAAUAGUACAUUCCUGAUAUUAACUGCAAGUGGUGGGGUACCCUACUACAUAAGCUUGGAGGUACCUCUGCUGCCACAGUAUAGAAUCUAUCUACUUUCCAAGGACUUCAUGGAGCUAUCUGGUUGCACUUGGUGAUGUUCACAGAAAUGUCUUUGGAAAUGUUAAUAAAUCGGUCACGUUUGGUGCGACACAAAAGCUACAUCCCUGGUCUUAACACAAAUGACAAAUGCAAAUUGUGUUGAAAAAGGUCCCAUUGGCCUAUAAUAACUAUGACAUUCACACUAAAUAUAAUUUAUUUAAAUAAAUUAUGCAAGAGCAACUAUAUUUGCAUUAGCAAAAAAUCACGCAAUAUUUUUGUGUAAGUAUGAAACCUUAUUCUUUUAAUAAAAUAUUUGGUGGAUCCCUUUAGAUGAAAUAAUGCCAUUAGAUUGAACUCGAAAAGGAAUUUGUACAACUGGAGAGAAAAUGCUAAGUUGGUAUCUUCUUCUUCUAAUCAGUUUUUAUCUGAUCACCUAAAUAUCUCACAAAAACAUAUAUAAAAUAUAUAAACGAUCCAUUUUGUCCACUAAUGGCUUAAUGCACCACUCUUCCUCUGGGUAUGGAAUGACCAAAUUUAGCUCUUACAUUGAGCUUCAAACACAAAUGUAAGACGUAAAAGCCGUCAGUGGGUCGGUGUGUCACCCCGGCUGCUGGUUAUCUCAGGAUUAUGAAGAUGCCAUAAAAUGCGGCAGCAUUGUUUUAUUUUUGUAUUUUACCACAAUUACUGAUGUACUGAAGGAAGUGAAAUGAGGGACUUGAUGCCAAUGUAUUAUCACACGUUCUUUAAAGGUCAUUGAGCUAAAAAGGCUUUUGGGCAAGACUGGAAAAGAAUUGUAGCUUGAGAGAAGCAAUUAGGGGUUUCGAGGACAUUUGUAAGACAACCUAGUUCUAACGUAAGUAAUGGGAUACACAACUACUUAACCGUAUUAAUGUCAUAUUGUAUAUGCUCUCUCCUAGGAGGAAAAGGGACAUAGUAAAAACUGUAUCUAUGAAAAAUGUCACUUUAACUGCACAUAACCAGGAGUGUUAAUGUGUAUAGGAACUGCACUGUAACUGCGAAAUAAUACUGUAAACCCUCUAUGUGCCCACACUGUGUUAUUUAAAUAAAAUCUAAUCCUUCCUCUCUA